GAUGUUUUAACUCGGGUUGAAGUGACACUUUCUCUCGUUGUAAAGUAUAUUUAGUGUAAAGUAUAUUUGGAGUUUGAAAGCGUUUGCAUUAUUCAAACCGGAAGACCGUGUUCUUUACUGAAUAUAAACACUAACAGACACAACUUCUACAUUUAUGUAGUGUUUACACAGGAGUAAAUCAGUAUGGGUGAUCUGAAGAUGAAGAUUGCAGUGCUUGGAGCUACAGGACAGACCGGGCAGCAGCUAGUAAAGCAGGCUCUCCAGCAGGGACAUAUUAUCACAGCCAUCGUGAGGAAUCCUUCCAAAUUAGCAAUAAACCAUGAGAACCUUAAGGUGGUGGAGGGAAAUAUUUUCUCUGAAGACAGUCUGAAGCCACACUUGACAGGACAGGAUGCUGUUAUGUCAUGUCUUGGGUUCCCACCAUCUAUGUUCUAUGGAGUCACUGGCUACACUCAGUCUAUGACUGCAACCCUCAGUGCAAUGCGAGACGUCAAAGUGAAUCGAAUCAUUACCAUGACAUCAUGGUACACGGAUCCCAAUUCAGGGACCAGAUCUUCAUUUUUUAUCCGCUUCAUGCUACUGCCAAUAAUUCGGAGUGUUCUAAGCAACAUGUAUGAGAUGGAGAAGAUUUUGGAGAAGACUGAGGACAUCAACUGGACUGUAGUCAGGCCACCUGGGCUGCAGAAUACUCCAGUUACAGACAAAGAAUUCUUGACCCAUGAAGGUUACUAUGUGCCUGAUGAGAACGACUAUCCCAUAGGCCAGACUGUAUCAAGGUCAGAUGUGGCUCGCUUCAUGCUCUCUCUGCUCAGCAACAACACCUGGAUAAAGAAAGCAGUUUCUAUCAUCACCAAGUGAAUUAAAAGCAUGCUUUAUGCUGACAAUGCAAGGGAAUUUAAACACUUUUAAAGCAAACUUAGAGAUUCUCAUGUAUUCUAUUCAAAUGCUGUCAAUAAACCACUAACUAAUCUUAAAUGUUUUAUACAUAUCAUAUUAGUGAAAUACUUAUUAUAUGCUCUGCCACUUUGUGAAUUUCCUGAAUUAAGUUUCUGCUUGGGUUUUAGUUUGCAAAUGAAUGAUAAUAAUCUGUAGGCCAGGUAGGGUAAUGGUAAGAUUGUCAUUUUGUACAUAAGAGCCAAUACAGAAAUGAGUGCGGAUGCAUUAACAUACAAAAGAGACCCCCCCCCCCCCCCCCCCCCCGCCCGUUUUUUUUAAUUUUUUAUUUCUGUAGCACUAGAAUGUCCUAUACAGCUAAACCAAAUACAAAAUUUCAUCUUGGACUUGGAUAUUAUAAAUUAUAUUUAGUGUCAUAGUCUGUUAUUCUGACUUCUUAAAAAUAAAUAUUUGCAUUUA